AGGCUGGGGCUCCAGCUAAGGGCUGAUAACUCAGUUUGGGAUUGAGCUGGAGCUUUUGGGUCUCUGAGCGACUUCUUCUCCCAGGCUCGCGAUGUCGGCUGCACCGCGCCUUCUGCACCAGGAGCUAUCCUGCCCUCUGUGCCUGCUGCUGUUCGACGCGCCAGUGACCGCUGAGUGUGGCCACAGUUUCUGCCGUGCCUGCCUGGGCCGCGUGGCCGGCGAGCCUGCGGGGGAUGGCACGGUGCCCUGUCCCUGCUGUCAGGCACCCACGCGGCCGCAGGCGCUCAGCACUAACCUGCAGCUGGCACGCCUCGUGGAGAGUCUGGCGCAAGUGCCCCAAGGCCACUGCGAGGAACACCUAGAUCCACUGAGCAUCUACUGCGAGCAGGACCGCACACUUGUGUGCGGCGUGUGUGCCUCGCUGGGUUCGCACCGCGGCCACAGGCUGCUGCCGGCCGCGGAGGCCCACGCGCGCCUCAAGACACAGCUCCCACAACAGAAGCUGCAGCUGCAGGAGGCUUGUAUGCGCAAGGAGAAGAGUGUGGCUGUGCUGGAGCAUCAGCUGGUAGAGGUGGAGGAGACAGUGCGUCACUUCCGGGGAGCUGUUGGGGAGCAGUUAGGGAAGAUGCGGGUGUUCCUGGCUGCACUAGAAAGCUCUCUGGAUCGUGAAGCAGAACGAGUUCGGGGUGAGGCUGGGGUUGCCUUGAGGCGGGAGCUGGCAAGCCUGAACUCUUACCUGGAGCAACUGCGGCAGAUGGAAAAGGUGCUGGAGGAGGUGGCCGAUAAGCCACAGACAGAGUUCCUGAUGAAAUACUGCCUGGUGACCAGCAGGCUGCAGAAGAUCCUGUCAGAGUCACCACCACCGGCCCGUCUGGACAUCCAGCUGCCUGUCAUUUCAGAUGACUUCAAAUUCCAGGUGUGGAGGAAGAUGUUCCGGGCACUGAUGCCAGCACUGGAGGAACUGACUUUUGACCCCAGCUCUGCGCACCCAAGCCUGGUGGUGUCUCCUUCGGGCCGCCGCGUGGAGUGCUCAGAGCAGAAGGCACCACCCGCGGGAGAGGACAUACGCCAGUUCGACAAAGCGGUGGCAGUGGUGGCACAGCAGCUGCUCGCGGAAGGCGAGCACUACUGGGAAGUGGAGGUGGGCGACAAGCCGCGCUGGGCCCUGGGCGUGAUGGCGGCCGACGCGCCCCGCCGUGGCCGGCUGCACGCGGUCCCCUCCCAGGGCCUGUGGCUGCUCGGCCUGCGAGAGGGCAAGAUCCUGGAGGCGCACGUGGAGGCCAAGGAGCCGCGUGCAUUGCGCACCCCGGAGAGGCGGCCAUCGCGCGUGGGCCUCUACCUCAGCUUCUGUGACGGCGUCCUCUCUUUCUAUGACGCCAGUGACGCUGACGCGCUUGUGCUGCUCUUUGCUUUCCACGAGCGCCUGCCCGGGCCGGUGUACCCCUUCUUCGACGUGUGCUGGCACGACAAGGGCAAGAAUGUCCAGCCACUGCUGCUGGUGGGGCCUGACAGUGAGGACGCCUGAGCCGCGCAGGGAUGGGGAUGGGGCCUGGAGAAGGCGGUGGGCCUUAGGUCGCCUUUGUCAGGCCUGGAGGGGGUCGGGUUGCUAGGGCUGAAGACCAGGCUCAGGGGUGGGUACUGGAGACUAUCCAAGGGUUUUAGGUAUGCAGGCUGGGAUGGAGAGGGGACUGCUGGAGACUGGUGGCGUCAAAAGGAUCCAUAAGGAAGGGAGAUCUAGGCGGCUCAGUGAGGAAAUCCGUUUGGGCCUAAGAGUUCCAGGAAGAAGCGGAGGUUGAGAGAGGCUGAGGAAAGGGGUCACGUUGGGUGAGGAUCUUGGGAUGUCUGUGGAGCAAUAUAGUCCCUUCAGCGAUGCAGCCCACUCUUCCUUAGGACCCCUUCUUAAAGCUGCAGACUCCUCACAACUGAAGGCUUUUCAGUUAAAUGCUUGCUUCAAACGGCCGUUUUAAAGCACAGAACAAGCCUGGCUGAGUGGUGGUGGAUGCCUGUAAAUCCUGGCACUCAGGAGGCUGAGGCAGGAGGAUGGCUGGUUGGAGGCCAGCUUGGCUACAUAGAUAGCAAAGUUGUCUCAAGCAAACAAAUAUGCACAGAACACUGCUUGAUAAAACUUUGCUGUUUCCGAGGUAGUAGAGAGGGAGAGGUCAAAGAUGGUUUCUUUCUUUUCUUCUCUCUUUCUCAGUUACCUUUAUCUCUGUCUCUCCUUGCAGACAUGGCCUUGCUGUGUAGCCGAGGCUAGCCGGGAACUCACUUGUGGUCUAGAUUGGCUUCAAAUUCUUUUUUUGUUCUGUUUUGUUUGAGACAGGGCCUCCUUGUAGCCCCAGCUGGUCUGGAACUCCCUAUGUAGAGCAGGCUGACCUCAAUCUUACAGAGAGCCAUCCGCCUUUGCUCCCCCAAGUGCUAGGAUUAAGGGCAUGUGCCAUCAUUUUGAUCUGCUCCCUCAGUCUCCAGAGUGCUGGGAUUACAUAUGUAAAGAUGGUCUCUUGUAACCAGUUUCUUGGUGGCCUGAUGCUCCUGGUCACACCAGUACUUGGUGUGGGAUCUUACUGAGAGCACACCUGCUUGUUUAGUCAGCUAUCAGAGCUGGUGGAAACGUAGCCAGAGUAUGUUCCCUCAGUUCAACUAUCAUUUAAAAUCUGCCAGAGCUUAUGCAGAGUGAGAAAACCGACUCUGUUUAUUUCUCUUUGCCUCUGGAAUAUGUUUACUGCUUUGAACACUGAGGAAAUCACCUGUUUCUCACCAAGAGAAAGAGCUCGGCACUAAUGCCUUGCAGGCCCUGCUGGUGUCAGAGACCGGGAAGCUUUCCCUAGGGCUUCCAGAAUUGUCCUUUACAGUCUUUUUUAGUUAAAUGUCUGUGUACACAUGAGUGCAGGCACCCGUGGAAGUCAGAGGCACUGGAUCCCCUGGAGCUGGAUUUGUGAGCUGCCUGAAGUGGGUACUGGGAAUCAAACUUGGGUCCUCUGCAAGAACAGUACAUACUCUUAACCACUAAAGCUUCUCUCCAGCCUACUUUCUUUGAUUUGAAAUCAAAGGCUCAUUUCUUGGACUCUGGCGUGACCGCUGAGGCCCCAGGUCUCUGCAGGGAGAGGCUUACAGGGGUUUUAUUAUGCUCCUCUUCCUGGGCCUGCUGCUGUGUGAAAGGCCCUAGGGUUGUCUGAUACCUGGUGCCCAUGUAGGAUUUUCUUGAAGGCUGGUGUGGACUCGGCAAAAAGAAGGUUGUUGGUAGGGGAAGAAAGGCCUAAAGAUCUGGCUGGGGAGGGAGGGACAAGCUUGAUUGCUAGACUCUGGCUUCAGGAAUAAGGGAAGUUCAAUUUCAGAAGCCCUUUCAUGGCAGCAAAGAAAACAAUAAAGCAAAAAGGUUGUUUGGUUGUAAAGCUUAGUAUCAUUAAGAAAAACUGUUUUAAGGGUACGGAUGUAGUCAGUUGGUAGAGUGCUUGCCUAGCCUGUGUCUGAUCCCUUUCCAAGCACCCAUAAAGCAGGCAUGGCAGCCCAUGUCUGUAAUCUCAGCAUUGGGAGAUGGAGGCAGGAAGGUUAAAAAAUUCAAGGUCAUCUUUGGCUGCAGCCUGGGACAAAUGAGAGUCAUCUCCUUCCUCAUUAAAUCUAUGUGAAAAGACAAUUAUCAGGCAAUUGCCCUUUCCGUUCUCCCCCUUUGAAAAAAUACUUUGAUGAUUUCAUACACUGUAUUUUGAUCAUAUUUCACCCUCCUCCCCAGCUCCUCCCAGGCCCACCCCUUUCCCUACC